AUGGGUCGCCACUUCAAGAGUCGUUUGAAAGAGAGAGACAUGGUGCUAAGGGGUGGGGAAGAAGGGCCUUUCCUGAACCCCCCGGGCCUGCCCAGCAUUACUGUCUGCUGGUUUGUGGGCUGCCUUUGUGGAAGCAAACUUGUCAUUGACUGGCACAACUAUGGCUACUCCAUUAUGGGUCUGGUGCACGGCCCCAACCACCCCUUCAUUCUGCUGGACAAAUGGUAUGAGAAGCUCUUUGGACGCCUGUCCCACAUGAACCUGUGUGUGACCAGCGCCAUGCGGGAAGACCUGGCAGAGAACUGGCGCAUCAGAGCUGUGACCACCUACGACAAGGCAGCAGCUUUCUUUAAAGAGACGCCCCUGGACCUGUAGCACGAGCUUUUCAUGAAGCUGGGCCGCACUCACGCUGCAUUCUGGGCCUGCGCAGACCUCAGGGACCCAGCCAUGGAGAGGUCAGCCUUCACGGAGCGGGACGCUCAGAGCGGGGUGGGGACGUGUCUUCAAGGGCGGCCAGCCCUGCUGGUCAGCAGCACGAACUGGGCCGAGGACGAGGACUUCUUCAUCCUGCUGGCAGCUUUGGAAAAGUUCGAACAGCUGACUCUUGUUGGAGACAGUCUUCCUUCUCUAGUCUGCAUGAUAACAGGGUGGGGAACCCGGAUUUGA